AUGGCUUUUCCCUGCCGAAGGUCCAUGAAUCCCAAGACUCUGGCCUGCAUUCUGGUGGGCAUGAGUUUCUUGGCACUUCGCCUCUGGCUCCUCCAAGCCCCGAGGUCCCAGCAGGAACAGAAGGGGGAGGGCCCCACGGACGCUAGCGACACUCCCUAUACUGCGGAACAGCCCGCUGCGCUCCAGCUCCACCGGGGGCUCCCGUGCGUGGCCAAUGCCUCCGCGAACCGCACGGAAGACUUCGAGCAGCUGCCGGCAAGGAUCCAAGACUUUCUGCGGUACCGCCACUGCCGCCACUUCCCACUCCUCUGGGACGCGCCAGCCAAGUGCGCGGGCCGCCACGGCGUCUUCCUGCUCCUGGCGGUGAAGUCGUCGCCCGCGAACUAUGAGCGGCGUGAGCUCAUCCGUCGCACGUGGGGACAGGAACGCAGAUACAGAGGGCAGCAAGUGCGCCGCCUCUUCCUGCUGGGGACCCCAGCGCGGGAGGAGGCGGCGCAGGCGCCGCAGCUCGCCGAGCUGGUGCGCCUAGAGGCGCGCGAGCACCGCGACGUGCUGCAGUGGGCCUUCGCCGACACCUUCCUCAACCUCACGCUCAAGCACGUGCACCUGCUUGACUGGCUGGCGGCGCGCUGCCCGCAGGCCCGCUUCCUGCUCAGCGGCGACGACGACGUCUUUGUGCACACAGCCAACGUGCUUAGCUUCCUAGAGACACAGUCGCCCGACCGCCACCUUUUCGCCGGGCAGCUCAUGGACGGCUCCGUGCCCAUCCGGGACAGUUGGAACAAGUACUUUGUGCCCCCACAGCUCUUCCCUGGGAAGGCCUACCCAGUGUACUGCAGUGGCGGCGGCUUUGUCCUGUCCCGCCACACGGCCCGGACCCUGCGCACGGCGGCUCGCCACACCCCUCUCUUCCCCAUAGACGACGCCUACAUGGGCAUGUGCCUGCAGCGCGCUGGCCUACAGCCUAGUGGCCACSAGGGCAUCCGGCCCUUUGGCGUGCAUCUGCCCGGCGCCCAGAAGCCCUCCUUUGACCCCUGCAUGUACCGUGAGCUGCUGCUAGUGCACCGCUUCGCGCCCUAUGAGAUGCUGCUCAUGUGGAAGGCACUUCACAACCCGGCGCUGAGCUGUGGCCAGGGGCACAGGGUUUCCUCAGGCUGA